AUGAUCAGAGCUCUUUUGGACAAAGGGGCUGCUGUAGAGGCAAAGGAUGGGAAGGGUAAUACGGUUCUUCACAGUCUCAGUCUCGGUGAUCCCAUUGACGAGCAGCAGGCGGCCCAAAUUUUUCACAGAGUAUCUACAGCGUCGCUAUCGCGGAGCAUGAUAAGCUUGGACGUCAGAAACAACGAAGGGAGGACGCCACUGCAUGAAGCGUGUUGUCGUGGCAGGGCGUUCCUGGCAGAAGCUCUUGUCUGGGCCGGAGCAGACCCAGAGGCUCUCGACAGCGCUGGUCAGACUCCGCUGCAGCUUGUUCCCGAAAUCUGGAGGGAAGACGUGCGUGGAUUUGUUGAACGCGGCUUUGCCAUGAGAGGCUGGGAGCGGGAGCAUCCACUUUACCACCAGCUAAAUCCAGAGCCAGCUAAAUCCAGAGCAGUAUGCUCCGACUUUGUGGCCUCCCGAGUUACCACCGUCACUAGUAGUAGUGUGGCUGAUUAUGAAGAAUGGAGUCAAAACGAGAGUGAAGAAUCCGAUGCUGAAGGCGUCGAAUUCUGGGAUGGAAAGGCCAUCAGGCGUAAAUAA